ACAAGAAGAAAAUGUGAAAUAUUUAUAAAACUUAAAAAACCCUAAUAAAACCUCUUCUUGUCUCUCACUCGCUUUUUGUUCUCUCAUAAACCAAAAAUAUUUGCAAUUAGAAAGACAAGAUAUGGCAACACUUCAACUUCAACUAGCAAACCCCAACACAUCGUCUCCUUCAUUUUCAACAUCAUUUCAGAAACAACUAUGCCGUUUCUCUCAGAGAAGGAGACUGUCAUCAUCGAAACAUGGCAGUGUAAGCUGUUCCUUUGCCCCCAUGGAGUCUGCCAAGAUAAAAGUUGUUGGUGUUGGUGGCGGUGGCAACAAUGCCGUUAAUCGCAUGAUAGGCAGCGAUUUGCAGGGUAUCGAUUUCUACGCCAUAAACACGGAUGCUCAAGCACUUGUACAGUCCGCUGCACAGAACCCACUUCAAAUUGGAGAGCUUUUGACCCGCGGACUAGGUACUGGGGGGAAUCCGCUUUUGGGAGAACAAGCAGCAGAGGAAUCAAAAGAUGCUAUAGCAAAUGCGCUAAAGGGGUCAGACCUUGUCUUUAUAACAGCUGGUAUGGGUGGAGGUACGGGAUCCGGUGCUGCCCCAGUUGUAGCUCAGAUAUCAAAGGAGGCAGGAUAUUUGACUGUUGGUGUGGUUACGUAUCCUUUCAGCUUCGAGGGGCGAAAAAGAUCCUUGCAGGCAGGUGAGGCUAUUGAAAAAUUGCAAAAAAAUGUGGAUACUCUAAUAGUGAUCCCCAAUGACCGCCUGCUUGAUAUUGCUGAUGAGCAGACACCCCUCCAGGAUGCUUUCCUCCUGGCUGAUGAUGUUUUACGGCAAGGAGUGCAAGGAAUUUCAGAUAUUAUUACUAUACCUGGACUAGUUAAUGUGGAUUUUGCAGAUGUAAAGGCAGUGAUGAAAAAUUCAGGUACUGCAAUGCUUGGAAUUGGAGUUUCCUCCAGCAAAAAUCGUGCUGAAGAAGCAGCUGAACAAGCAACUCUGGCGCCCCUGAUUGGUUCAUCAAUCCAGUCAGCUACUGGAGUGGUAUACAAUAUUACUGGAGGAAAGGACAUAACAUUACAGGAAGUGAAUAGAGUGUCACAGGUUGUGACCAGUUUGGCUGAUCCAUCUGCAAACAUAAUAUUUGGGGCUGUUGUUGAUGAUCGUUACAAUGGGGAGAUUCAUGUGACUAUUAUUGCUACUGGCUUCUCACAGUCAUUUCAGAAGUCACUUCUAACAGACCCGAAGGCUGCAAAACUGGUAGACAGAAUGUCAGGGAGUCAAGAAGCCAAGGGAAUUCCAGUUCCUCUCAAGUCCUCGACCUCAUCUUCCACUGUUCCAACCAGACCAUCUCCCAGAAAGCUCUUCUUUUGAUUCUUUGUUUUUAGUUUGGGGAGAGGCGAGAUUUAGCUGUGUAUUGAUUGCUAAGCUCAAUCGAGUAAUUUAUCUCCGAGUAUGUUUGCCUUCUCCGAGUAUAUCGGGGUCCUCGUGGAAUAUGCCAGUGGAAACCUUGCAAUUUCUUCAUGAUAUUUCCGACUAGUGUCUGCACAUUCUUGUUGAAA